UCGUCCGCUCAAUAGGAUACGGGGAUUCCUGUAGUGAGGUCAAAUCUUGAUAGAAUUUUAGAGUUUAGUCCCGCUGCGUGUGCCGUAUUGUAAACACCAUACUGCUGUGGCUCCUCACAGCGCGCUCCGGAGUGAGUUGUUUCAAGAGUUUCCAAGGAAGACUACCACCGUCGCUCCUGUUGGCAGGAUUCUGCGGCGCUAGUGGUGAUCACUCAGCGUGAAGGAGGCGAUUUCUCGGGUUUUCGUGAAGGAUUUUCAGGUGUCGCGUGCGGUCGCGAGUCGUACGUCUCUGUGUAUCCGGUCGUGAUAAUGAGAUUCAGUGGGUUUCAAGGUGAAAUGUAUCAGUGACAGUGGAAGGAGUUGAAGACAUAACCGGGGGUAACAUUGGCUAAUGAAGAAAGUAUAGUACUUAUCCAGAGACGACAGAAGUGUAGAGAUUGCGUGACAAGUUAUUAUCAGUGAAGAGAGAAAGUGUUUGAAAUUCGGUUAUCGAGAUGAUGAUGAAUGCAUUUAUGGACUCUAGUUCGACGGCACAUCAUUCUCAUUUGGCAACGUUCGGGAUUAAAAUGUCUCCAGACCAUCUGGAGCAAAGCGACGUCGAAUCUACGAGUACUGGUAGCAUGCUGCCGCCGUCCGCGGGAAGUUCCAACGUGCAAAGUGACAUGUUGUCAUCACAGUCCUUCUAUCAAUCAUCGGCCAACGCGAGUAGUGCGUACAACUCGCAUCAUUUAUCACCGCCUUCGCAUAUGAGUCACAUGGCUCCUUAUCACUCGAGGGAUUUCCUCGCGUUGAAGCGUGACAAUGAUUACUUUAGUUCCUCGGCCAGCGCCUCAGCCGACCCAACCUCAUUGUUCCAUCAUCCUGCCGUUCAUGACAACUUGAACCAUCACACGGCCAGUUCUCUGAGUAAUCAUCACUUCCAUCAGCACCCGAUGCGAAUGGGUCUGUCGGCCGAUUACGCCCAUCCUUACCACCAGAGUAACUACCCUACGGUUCAUCAUCAGCACCUGGCGAAUCUUCCCGUUAAUCCGGGCACUUCAGGAGCAUUCUUCCGGUACAUGCGCCAUCCGCCGUCGAUCAAGCAAGAGAUGCAAUGCCUCUGGGUAGAGCCAGAUCAUCCUCCGCAUCAUUUAGGAUUAGGCUUGACAGCGCUCAGUGCCGCGGCCGUAGUGGCCGCUUCCGACGGCAGUCGCAAGACGUGCAACCGAGUGUUUCAAUCGAUGCAUGACAUCGUAUCGCAUCUUACGGUGGAUCACGUCGGUGGACCGGAGUGUACGACCCAUGCCUGCUUCUGGCUCGGUUGCACCCGCAAUGGACGGCCCUUCAAGGCUAAGUACAAGCUGGUCAACCACAUCCGAGUGCACACCGGAGAGAAGCCGUUCCCCUGCCCGUUUCCUGCAUGCGGCAAAGUGUUUGCCAGAUCGGAGAAUCUCAAGAUCCACAAGCGCACUCACACCGGUGAAAAGCCGUUCAAGUGCGAGCACGAGGGCUGCGAUAGACGAUUUGCUAAUUCAUCAGAUAGGAAGAAACAUUCACACGUCCAUACAUCUGAUAAGCCGUAUAACUGUCGUGUUAAUGGUUGUGAUAAAUCUUACACUCAUCCAUCAUCGCUGAGGAAACACAUGAAGGUCCACGGAAGUUUAGGAGAGAAGUCUCCAUCGCACAACUACGACAGUGACGGUGAGGAAUCGAGCUCGGAUAGUGUCAUAACCGGAGGGACGCAGACCCCGCCGUCGAUCAGCCGGUUACAUGACAGUCACAAUUCGAGCAAACUUGGCAGUGAAUCGAUCAACAACAACAACAAUAGCAGCAACAAUAACAACAACACGAAAUCACCAUCGACCAAUCAUCUGCUGUCACCGGUUGGAGGCGCCUCGACGACGUCCUCUUCAACAACGAACAGCGCCCUCUCGCAUCUAAGCCAAAACCAGCAUCACAACCUGCAUCAUCAUUCACAUCACCAGCACUCACACCACCAUCACCUACAAAACCAUCCAAGCAGUCUGGGACCCCCUCAGCUUCAGCUCACACCAGCCUCCUCAGUUUCGCCACAAGCUUCAGCCACGGCCUCCUCGAUGCUCGUCGGACAUCACAACCACCCACUCCUCUACCACCAUCCGCAGCACCACCCUAACGAUUGGUACUCGGCAACGCCACCUUCUGGCCCAGAUUCCAUGAACCCCCUGAACCACUUUAGCCAUCAUCACCACCACCUGGUGCAUCACGGGCCUACAACGGCCUAUUGAGAGCAACUGUUGUUCGAUGAGCUCUGUUUCAAUUACUGAAACCGCCGCAGUGGCGCCACUGAGCUCCACCUCCUGUCAUCAUGACAGCUCACUAAAAGCACCCCCGCAGAAGCUCAUCCAUCCAACAAACUAACCUAAAUAAAAAAACAAGGAUACGUAACUUUAAUAAGCAAAACCAAAAACCAAAUGUAGCUGUUAGAGAAUCGAUAACUCACCCCCAUCAAACCCCAUUUGUAAGAAGAUACAAAGCAGAGAGGGAACCCACUCGUUAAAAACAUAGUCGUCGUCAAGAGAUAGAAUUAUCUACCAUUUUGUGCCUGCUUGAGCUGUCGUCCCUCUCUCUCUCUCUCUUUCUAACAUUACCCCCUCGUAAAUCACAAAACAAGCCCAAAGUUUGAGUGCAUGAAACAGAGAAUCAUCCCGCUUUCCUAUUUUUUAGGCGAAAAUUCUUGUAACAUUAUUGUAAAUAGCGAUGAAAAAUUCUGUGUGAUACGGACCACCCCGUCCUCAUUGACCCCUCGAAACAAAGCAGGGGUCCCAUUGUUCCCCUCGGGUAUCUUUUUGUUUCCGUGUAAAUUUAAAUAACCGAAUUGUGUAAAUAAGAAACUAGCAAAAAUUACAAAACUGCAGUGUACAGCAAAUAAAUGAAUGCGAAACGAUUUGUGUAAUUUUGCCAAGGCGGCAAGCAAGUUGACAGGUUUCCUUCGUCGUUUCACGUGUUGGGCUCGAUUGGGCUCAGCUGAAAACGAUGUAACAGAACGGUGUUUCCGUUUUUCUCAGUGUAGAUAUAGUCGCGACAUUGCGGAUAGAGAAGAAGAGUAAGAAGGCUUGGUGCAGCAGAAAAUAGUUCUAUGAUUAUAAUAGUGUAUUUAUUUUAUUUUUUCCUCGAUUAUUGGUUUGGUACUUAGAAUUGAACCGAGCAAGGUAGGUCCUAGCGAUCUGAAAGUAGGGCUGUAUAAAAUGUGUCAGAUUCAAGGAAUUUAAGAUUAAAGAGUGAAUGAAGAAAACGAUGGAACAUUUUUGGUUCAAUGGAUAAAGUUUAUUUUAGAAUAGCAAUUUAUUGAAUAUCGAUAAAAUAGAUAUUUUAAACAAUGUA